UGUAGGGUUAAGCGGCAUGUCGAUAUUGGCAGAGCCGCGUCGUAAACAACGUCUCAGUAUCGAUCCCCGAAAUCUUCAGUGGAAAAAUGAUCAAGACAAAUUUUCACAGAAGCUCAUGAAGAAAAUGGGUUGGUCUGAAGGAGAAGGGCUGGGUAGAAACCUACAAGGCAGUGCCGAUCACGUCAAGUUGAAGGCGAACUAUACCGGAAAAGGUCUUGGAGCUGACAAGCUGGCUUCAUACGAUAGCACGUGGAUUGGGCAUCAUGAUGAUUUUGCUGAUCUACUCAACGCUCUUAACAAAAAUAAGAAAGAUUGUAUAAAGGUUACUACUGAAGAGGAGAAGGAGGAAAGAGCUAAAAGAAUUUCGCUUGAGUUGAGUAGCAAGAGCCUACGGCGGCGAAUACACUACCAGAAAUUUACGCGAGCCAAAGAUACGUCGAACUACACUGAGAGUGAUCGUGCUGCCAUACUCGGAAUUGUCCACAAACCGGAAACGGAAAGUCCCCAGAAAGAGGAGACGAAAGAGGAGAAAUCUCCAACAAAAAAUGAAGAAGAUGUCGAAAUGAAGUCAAAUACAACUGUGAGCAGCAUGUCUGUAGGCGAAUAUUUUGCUGCGAAGAUGGCAGCAAUGAAGGCGAAGAGGGAGCAAGGAGGAUCGGAAGGGAAGAUUGACAGUGUGAAGCUUGAAGAAACGCAUGUUGAGGAAGAAAUUACAGAGCAGGAAUUGGAAGAGGAGAGAAAAGAGAGGAAGAAGAAAAGGAAAGAAAAGAACAGAUUGCGUGAUUCCGUGCACUGCGAAACACCAUUAGAGUUUGAACAAGUGAAACAGGAAAUCAUGGAGGAAGAAGAGGCGAUCGAGAAGCAACAAGAGCAACGUAGGCGAAUAAAAAGAGAGAAGAAAUUGAAAAGGAGACAGGAAAGGGAAAAAGCUGAAUUAGUGGGAGAAGCCAAGCGCGCGAAAGUUGAAGAAAUCUGUGGAGAAGAUGAAACUGAAAAACCUUUGAAGAAAGAGAAGAAGAGGAAAGACAAAGAAGAGAUAAUGGAGGAAGCUGAACAACUGUCUGAUGAAUCCAGAGAAAGAAAGAAGAAGAAGAAAAAUGAGAAUAAAGGGAUUAGACAAUAGCAGAUUGAGACAUAUAUCACUUUUUUAAAAUCUAUUGUUGUCUGUUAAUUGUUAUCCUGAGCCUUUCUGGCUAGAGACAGUUUCAAUUCAAAGGCGUGUUGAGUCAAAGCGUUGUUCACUUUUUGAUGUUUUACAAAUUUCGGAGAACAUUGUUAUCUUCAGCUUCACUUCCUGUAGUAUUCAUCUUGUUCAGCACAGAAUUGUUAGAUGGUGUAUAAAUGUUAAUGAAGAAUGACUAGAUUUAUAUCACAUUAGUCGCUGAGCG